AUUUCUGUGGUUUUACACCCCCCAGUAAUUUCUUCCAGCAUCCUUAGGAAACAAAUGCACCCUGACAUCACUUCUUUUCUCCUGGCCCAACCUCAGCCUCACCUAGAUAGCCCAGAGCGCAGGUGGAACCACAGAAUGGGGAAGUGGGUCAGGACCCCUGUGCUGAGACCCUGUUAUCUGUUGGUAAGACGUGGGGACUAGGGGGAAGGGUCUAUUAUCAUUCCUGGGUCUAUCAUUCCACAGUUCUGUUGCUUUGGCAAAUGUGUGAAUGUUUCUUUCCGACUUCAUGAACAAACAAACUAGAUCUAUCACUAGGAACCUACUGGCAACCCUGAUUGUGACAGGCAAGGAGGUCCUUGCUGUGGUUAUGGCAGUUAACAAAGUAAACACACCUGAAUUCUCCAAACAGGAUGAAGGGAUUUUCUCCAAAUACCUCAGUUUUGUUUCUGUAGUCCUAAAGCUGCAUCAUAUCAACUACCUGUAUAGUGUUGAAUCCCGAAGAAGCCAGAUCCUUAUGUGGUCAGCCAAUAAAGUAUUUGAAGAGCUCACAGAUGGAGAGAGGAAGUUUCACAAAGCCCUCUACACAGGUAGAACAUAACUGAACUGUGAAUGAUACUCCAUUGGACUGCUGGACAAGACCAAAGAGAAGGAAUUUUACGAUGAAUGGCCAGUCAAGCUUGGAGAAGUGGAGACUUUUAAAGGUCCAAAGACACCAGAUGGCUGAGAAAUCAUCUUUUAUAAAGUCAUUGAUUACAUUUUACAUGGAAAAGAAGAGAUCAAAGUGAUUCCGGCACCUCCUGCAGGCUACUGGACUCUUGUUAGCGGGUUGCAAACAUAUGUCGCUGAAAAUGGAUUUGUAAAUUAUUGA